AUGGCUGUUCAUUACAACUCGGAGACCCAGGAACCUUACCUGAGGCUUCCGGAACCACAUACAAACAUUAUAAUCACAGCACACCGUCCUCAUAGCCUUCACGAGACGUCGUCGGCUCUCGCGAGGAUCCUCAACGAUCCUGACGUUGCUUUUCGUCUACAACGUACCCCUUAUCCGUAUUCAAAGUCGGACGGUGAAGAAUGGGUCAAAGCCAAUUGCAAAGACCAGGAGGAUAUCCUGUCCAUCUUGCGCAAAGAGCUUGAAGAACCGCAAAACCCAGGCGACCUCCAUCAAAAGAGGCAGUUCUUCGACAUUUGUCCCUUCACUUGCAUUCGGGAAGUGCUCGAGAACAAUCCCGAGACUGGGGAACCUCUUGAAGACAUUCUCAUUGGAGAUAUUCGGUUAGCGCGUUCAACUUUCGAUGAAUAUCCAGAGGGAAGUGAAGAGAGAGCCCAAGCCCAAAAAGAAAACGACGGGUUACUCGCUGGAGACGAAAAGAUUGAAUGGAGUUUCGGAGACUUUCUUGCAUCAAGUCACCAUGGUAGGGGCAUCAUGACACUCGCCGUGAGGACUGUCAUUCAUGAUUGGGCAGUUCCUCGAAUGAAUGUCCGAAGAUUGAAGAUUUGGGCAUUCGAGGACAACCAAGGCAGCCAGAAGGUUUUUGAAAAGAACAAUUUUAUACGGGGUGGUACGUUCAAAGAUUGGGCAUCGGUUUCUGAAAGUAGAGGAGGUGGAAAGAAGUCGAUUGUAUUGAUGGAGUGGGCAGGAGUUGAUCAUAAAUAG